CCUAUUUUUACAACUUUGCAUUUGUUUUCUAACAAUGGUAAGAAUAACUCAUUCAAAAUCAUACAACAGUAAUAAAACAAACAAUACUACGAGUAAAAAUAAAACUAUGCAUAAACGUCAAAGAAUAUCAAACAGUACUAUUGAGGAAUCCAAUAAUGCACGCAAUGAUCUACUUGAUGAUCCACCUCUUGAUGAAUUUAUUAUGGAUAUUAAUACUCCUCAUAACAGUACCUCUUUUAAUAAUGAAUCUCUUGAGGAAUCGGACAAAUCACCUAUCAAAAAAGAUGAAUUAUCUGAAUCACAAUCUCGCAGUACUUCAUUUAACAAUAUCAUUUCUACUGAUGAACCACUUCUUACAAAUGCUUCAGCUUUAAAUGAGGUCAAGACACUUGAUUAUAUCACACAUGAUCUCAUACUUCCUCACUAUAAUCAAACCAAUUUCACAAAUGAAAUAAAUUUUAAUGCACUGGAAGCUUCUACAAGCUAUAGAAAUGGACGUGGACAUGAACACGAACGUGAAUGUGGAUAUAUUUAUGGAUAUGGACGUGGAGGAUUUGGCAGAAGACAUUGAAGUAACUCAUAUUCAGUUUUCUAUGUACUUCAUGAUGUAAUUCACGAUGUAAUAUAAUUUAAUACUUGAAAAAUCACAGGUAUUUAAUGCUACUACUGCAUGUUGUGCAUAAAAAUUUGUAUUUAAUUAUGAAUCAAACAUUAUAUUAAAAAAUUUUAUACUAUAGGUGUGAAAAGUAAGAAAGAGUGUGUGAAAAGUUAUUAGUAAGAAAUAUUUUAGUCUGACUUCCAGCGGAUAAGUGGAUGAAACACUAACAUUAUGUUAGGAACCUCCUUAAUGAGCCAAAUUAAGAAGAAGUAAUUCAUUAUCUUAAAGUGCGUGAUUAAUCAGAUUAAAAUACUUACUAUUAGCUGUCAAUGAAAAAUAACAACAUAGUAGUUAUAUAGUUAUAUGUAUAACAAUCCAUUGUAAUAUAUAUUGUGUAAUGUAUAAGUAAAAAAAAAUUGUUUAAAAUCGUAAGAUGAUUUAUUUAAAUAUAAUUGUGUCUAU